UUUAUUUUGAAACUUCAGACCGGAAAAGGUGGGUUGUUUAUAUCGCGUCUCUCCUGGUUCUUCUGACCGAGUGUUUAUGCUCUUCUGAGGCCGACCAUGAGCGCUGCUGUGCGGCCUGUGACUUCUCUCCUCCUCGGCCUCCUCUGGGCCUCUUCCGCCUCUGCCUCGGAGUUUUCGCGGCUCCGAAUCCCGCCUCACGAGCAGGUGGCCCGGGUCGCCCGCUUCAUCUCGCACCGGUGUGACUGGGCCUCCAUGGCCACCAUCUCCAGCCACGAACAGGUGGCGGGUCAGCCGUUCUCCAACGCCUUCUCAGUGAGUGACGGCCCGCUGGGCUCCAGCUCCGGGGUUCCGUACAUGUACCUGACCCGGAUGGAGGUCUCCGUGCAGGACCUGGAGGUGAACCCGUCAGCGUCUCUGUCCAUGUCUCUCGCUCAAACAGAUUACUGUCGUCAGCACAGGUUUGACCCUCAGAGUCCUCUGUGCGCUCGCGUCAUCCUGUCUGGAUCUGUCAUGCAGGUGAACGGGACGGAGGCGGAGUUUGCGAAGAAGUCUCUGUUCAGUCGACACCCGGAGAUGAUCGACUGGCCGACGGAUCAUAACUGGUUCUUCUCCAAGUUCAACAUCACACAGGUGUGGGUGCUGGAUUAUUUCGGCGGAGUAAAGAUCGUAACUCCAGGCGAAUAUUUCCAGGCGUCGCCGUACAGGAAGUACCUGUGACGUCAGAGACGCUGUUUCCUGACGUCCACAACUCUUCACUGUUCAGUCUGUUUAAAAACCAAUCGAUCAAUAAAGUUGUGUUAAAACAGAAUGAACAUGUGGCUCUAAAGUGAUCACAUGAUGAGAAUUUAAUGUCAAACAAAUCAGAUUUUCAUGAAUUCAGUUUUGACGUUUUUUCUUUUUAAAUGAACAGAAACAGAAUGUGUAGGUGUGACAGUCACAUUAUAAAUGUGUGUGUGUUUAUGUGGUGUGCAGUGUUAGGGUUUGACCACAGGGGGCACUGUUAACUUUCUAAAAAAACAUGAUGGCAUUAAAAAAGUGUACAUUUGCAUUUUAUCUAGAAAAGUUUAAGUUUAAUCUGAAAAUAUUUAAUUCUGCACACAGAAACGCAGAAUAUGUAAUGUAGACAAAUGUACAUCCCAUAAUUCCAACCUUUUCAAACUAAACCAUUUCUGCCCUUUGAGCUGAAAUAUUCAACCAAUGUGACGUUUGAUUUGUAUAAAUAAAGUUUUGAAAAACA